GCACAACACAGCAUUAAAAUAACAAUUUUAAUGUUAAAUGGGGUCCAUUGGGAGCGUGGUGCUUACUAAGCCUCCAUGUUUUGACCUAGAGACCCAAAAAUUGCCCUGACUGCGCAGUUCUGGAGCAGGUGAAGGUUGCCUUGGAGAGAGAGGACCUCUGCAGUAGGUGGAAAGACAUGACAUGAAUACCCUGAGUUUACCGCUUAACAUUCGCCGUGGAGGUUCUGAUACCAACCUGAACUUUGAUGUACCAGAUGGGGUCCUAGAGUUUCACAAAGUCAAACUCAGUGCAGAUAGCUUGAAACAGAAAAUUCUCAAGGUUACAGAGCAAAUCAAGGUUGAACAAACAGCUCGAGAUGGAAACGUGGCUGAGUAUUUGAAACUGGUAAACAGUGCAGACAAGCAACAGGCUGGGCGCAUUAAACAAGUCUUUGAGAAAAAGAACCAGAAAUCUGCCCACUCCAUUGCCCAACUGCAGAAGAAAUUGGAACAGUAUCACAAAAAGCUCAAGGAUAUUGAACAAAAUGGAUCUUCCAAAGCUACCAAGGAUACUUCCAAAGAUAACUUGAAAGAUAUUCAGCAUGGAAAGUCUCGUACCACUGGGCAUGGAACAGAGAGCAGCAAGUCGGGUGUACCAGGUGUAUCUUUGACACCACCUGUCUUUGUUUUCAGCAAGUCUAGAGAGUUUGCCAACCUGAUCCGAAACAAAUUUGGUAGUGCAGACAACAUUGCUCAUCUCAAAAAUACCCUGGAUGAAUUUCGGCCAGAAACGAGUUCCAGAACAUAUGGGGGCAGUGCCACCAUUGUCGCCAAACCAAAAUAUGUUAGUGAUGAUGAAUGCUCAAGUGGGACCUCUGGAUCAGCAGAUAGUAAUGGGAAUACUUCUUUUAGUCCUGCUGUGGCAAGUACCCUGGACAGCCAAGGAAAGCUUUCCAUGAUCUUGGAGGAACUAAGGGAAAUCAAGGAGACUCAGUCCCAAUUAGCUGAUGAUAUUGAGAAUUUAAAAACACAGUUUAAAAGAGACUAUGGCUUUAUUUCUCAGAUGUUACAAGAGGAAAGAUUUAGAUACGAAAGACUGGAGGACCAGUUAAAUGACCUCACUGAUCUUCAUCAACAUGAGACAGCAAACUUGAAACAAGAGCUAGCCAGCAUAGAGGAGAAAGUGGCAUAUCAGGCAUAUGAGCGAUCACGAGAUGUUCAGGAAGCCUUGGAAUCAUGCCAGACCCGGGUGUCCAAACUGGAGCUCCAUCAGCAGGAACAGCAAGCACAGCAGUCUGAAACAGUUAAUGCCAAAGUGCUCCUGGGGAAAUGUAUAAAUGUUAUCCUGGCCUUCAUGACUGUCAUCUUAGUGUGUGUUUCUACUAUUGCAAAGUUCAUUGCUCCUAUGAUGAAGAGCCGCUUUCAUAUCAUCUGCACUUUUUUCGCAGUGACACUGCUGGCAAUAUUUUGUAAAAACUGGGAUCAUAUAAUUUGUGCCAUAGAAAGGAUGAUUAUACCAAGAUGAAGCCAUUGGACUUUUUUUUUCUUUUUUCUUUUUUUUUUUUUUUUCAUUUUCUUCCCCUCCCUGUUUUUUAAGCACUGUGUGUAUACAAAUUCUGGUGUAAAUGCAUAAAAGCAUAUUCGUUGGCAGUCAGUUGUUCAAUCUGAUUUUGUCUAACUGGCUAUGUCUGUGAUGAACUGCUCACUUAAGUCAGUCUUCUGCCUUAAUCCAAAACGUUGUCCACUUUACAAACCCACACCCACAAAAGACGGUAUGAUGGUCUGGGAGGAAUCCCAGCAACUGCAAGUGUCAGCUGUGCUUUUUACUAGGCUGGAGUGCAAAGAGUGUGACAGGAGGGAGUACCAUAAUGUGUAUCAGCCCUGUUAGACUCAUAAGUUAAUUUCUCUCUGAAUCCAACUGGAGUAACAAGCCAAAUUGUGCUGUCAUAUGUAUUACUAGUUCUUGAUUCUAAAUUAAUGAGUAUCUGUAUAUGGAGUUUCUAGUUUUCAGGACCAAUGAAACUCGAUGCUUCUGCUAGUAACUUUUUGCACAGAGUUUAUUGUUUGUAAAUUUAGACCAAUGAUGACUAAUGACCACAGUUAGCAGUUGUUCAUUCUGGCACUGUUCCUUAUCACAUUUGGGAAACACAUACAUGUGGCAUAAGACUUCCAAAGAUGGACUGAAUGGAAUGAUAAGAUCCCCAGACCACUUUGUAAAGGAGUAAAGAAGCAAGUAGCUGGUGAUUGUCAUCCAGACCAAUGCACUUACUUCAACCCUUGUAACCGGCAGGGGGAAAGAAGUACAUGGAAAGGCAUCACUGAGGUUAGCCUUUGUUAGCACUGAGUUGUUGGGGUGUUCUAACUCGAUGCAAAGCAUAUAGGUGGCGGGACUCUGGGUACAGUGGAUUUCUUUCUUGUGUCAGAUUAAAGAAUGUGGCAGAAACCUGAGUGAAACGCUUCUUAGGGGAGCAGGGAGUUAAACUUCUGUAAAUAUACAAACUGCAGACUCUCUUGACAAACAUUCCUGAAAAUAAUGUAUUAACAUGCAGUACUACUACUAGGAGACAGGGUUGGGUUUGUUUUCUCACUGGAAUUUAUUUUGCUUGAUUUAAGAACUGCAAAAAAAUUUCCCUGAAAUCUGCUUGGCUUUCAGCCAUGGUGUAAAACAAGAUCUUUAUUAAAAACAAACAAACAAAAACCACCACGAAACAAACCACCACAACAACAAUUCUUCUCCACUCUCCAUUAAAUGAAAAGAUAGUGUCUCCAGUUAUUUGAUGUUCAGUGUUACUAACUGUGAAAAUAAUUGUCAUGACAGAUUUUCUUUUCAGUUGCAGUAUUUUCUAUGCUGGUAUUACAGGAGGGAGGGAGAGGCUUGGUGUGUGUAUUUGUUUUUAAUCAAGUGCAAUACGUGGUGUAGAAGUUGUGAGGACCUUAUUCUGAGGAAAGGGAGUGGGGGAGGGAGAGGCAGGGGAAGAACUUUGACAUUUUACCAUGAUUGUAUUAACAGUGAAUAGUUACUUUUUGUGGUUUCAGGAACUGAAGAAAGGACAGAAUUAACUUCAUAAAUAAUAAUAUGACUCAGCAAUUAGAAAAUUCAAUUAAAACACUUUAAAAAAAUUUUAAAGAAUUCUUUAUAUGUGCUACAUCUUCAAACAGAGAAUUCAGGAAGGACUGUGCUGGUUUGCAGGCGCCGGAACUGGAUCAGGUCAGGCACACCCGUGUUAUCCUACACCCAGCCCUACCUCGUCUCAGAGCAUGGUGGAGGCAAAAGUCCUGCUGAGAGAAAUAUGACUUUUAAGAGCCCAGACUUGCCAAUUGGUUUAUCCCUGACUGUGUCAGGAAUAAUGAUUAUAUAGAUACAUUAUUCUUUUCAUUUUUUUUUUCUCUUUACCCCUGUAUUCCUGGUAUCCCGUAAAGAAGGAAAGAUGUAUUGUGCUAUGCAGAAAACUUUUCUGCCUUCCUUGCUACAUGUGCUCCUGCUGCUGUUCAGUUCAGGGAGACCUUUCUUCCCAUGUCUCUUAACCCAUUUUGUCACUGUAUUGCAUGCAUUGCAACAGGCAUUCACCCCCACCUUCCAAGUAGCUGUACUUGGCCUCCUUUUACAGCCAGCAAAUAGACUGAGGGCACUGCUUCCGCUGAGGCAACUCAUGAACUUAUCUUCCCAGGAAAGUCCCUUCCACAAUGUUAGAAAAAUUAAAAAAGCAGCAGCUUUUUCCUGACUUUUACAUCACAAGAAAAGGUUUUCCUUGGUAGGU